CGAACGAUACAAGUCUCUCGAAUUGAAGAAGAGAGAGAAAUACAGUUAGGGGAAGAGAGAAUUUUUUCAUCGAAACAGAAUAAAAACCCUAGUAAUUUCAUCUUCUUCUUGAUUUCUGUUUGUAGAAGAAAUCAAGAUCCACUGUAAUCUUGAUUGAUCUUAUCUUUCAGUAAAAUGGUGGAUUAUAGUGAUAAACUAGCUUGUUUUCAAGCAGUAACAGGUCUUGAUGAUACAGAUUUAUGUACAGAAAUUCUUGCCGCUCAUGGAUGGGAUCUCGAACUUGCUAUCUCAGCAUUUACUGGUGGUGGCGCUUCUAAUUCAUCUGAUUCAAUUACAAACCCUAACUUGUCAUCAUCAUCUCCUCCGGAUAACAACAACGUCGUUCAAAGAGAUACUUUAAUUUCUGAUAUAUGGCAAGGUAUUCCAGAAACUGAAGCAGUUGCGCAACCUCUUACUGGUGGUGUCGGUGGUGGUGCUCCUGGUGUGGCGUGGAAGAUUAUAACGUUGCCGAUUUCAAUCAUAUCUGGUAGUUUAGGAUUGAUUUCUGGUGCCAUUGGGAUUGGCUUUUGGGUUGCUGGUGGUGUGAUUUCUCACUCUUUGAACAUGUUAGGAUGGCGUAAUAAUGGCGAAGCAUCUUCUUCAACUCCCUUGGUUUCAGUAUCUCCUGCAGCUACAGAGGCAUUAGAUUUUAUUGCUAAUUUCGAGAGGGAUUUUGGGAAUAUUCGACCUAAUUUUGUUGCAGAAGGGUUUAUGGACGCGUUACAGAGAUCUCGUCAUGAAUAUAAGUUGUUGUUUGUGUAUCUUCAUUCACCUGAUCAUCCUGAUACACCAUUGUUCUGUGAGAGAAGUUUGUGUUCAGAUAUGUUAUCAGCUUUCAUUAAUGAGAAUUUUGUGUCUUGGGGUGGAAGUAUUAGGGCCAGUGAGGGUUUUAAGAUGAGUAAUAGUUUGAAAGCUUCCAGAUUCCCUUUUUGUGCUGUUGUUAUGGCUGCUACUAAUCAGAGAAUCGCUCUGCUUCAGCAGGUUGAGGGACCAAGAACUCCUGAAGAAAUGCUCACUAUUCUUCAGAGAGUCAUUGAAGAGAGUGCACCUGUUCUUGUCACAGCCAGGAUUGAUGCAGAAGAAAGGAGGAACAACAUAAGACUGAGGGAGGAGCAAGAUGCCGCUUAUCGAGCAGCACUAGAGGCCGAUCAGGCUAGAGAACGCCAGAGGCAAGAAGAGCAAGAGAGAUUGGAAAAUGAAGCUGCUGAAGCUCAGAGGAAACUCAAGGAGGAAGAAGAGGCUCGAGAAAGAGCUGCUCAGGAAGCUGCCGAGAAGGAAGCUGCACUUGCUAGAAGGCGUCAAGAGAAAGCUAUGUCUCUUGGCACUGAGCCUGAAAAAGGGCCGACUGUUACACAGGUACUUGUUCGGUUCCCAACUGGAGAACGCAAGGAGAGGAGAUUCCACAGUUCAGCUACAAUCCAAACACUGUAUGACUAUGUGGAUUCGUUGGGCUACUUAAAUGCUGAGAAAUAUAGUCUAGUUUCCAACUUUCCUCGUGUUGUCUAUGGUCCAGACAAAAUCGCUUUAUCUUUGAAAGAAGUUGGAUUGCAUCCUCAGGCGAGCCUUUUUGUGGAGGUAGAAUCAUGAAAGAAAACGAUGCAUGUCUCGACUCAGUAUGUAUUAUCUAUUAUCUGGGAGCACGGAUAAUAUGCAACAUGAAAGUGGAUCUAUUAUCGAGGAGCACGGAUAAUAUGCAACAUGAAAUUGGACCCUCAUGCUCAAAAAGUUAGAUCUUGUAGUAGUUAUCAUCCGUUUUUGAAAUUUAUCCUUUAUAAAAGUCUUUUGUAAUAGGUAGCUCCAUUUGGUUUUCAGAACAGGUUUGAAAUCAAGAAAUGGAACCUCAAUGCCCAAUUGUUGAUAAUUUUAGGUAUUCGAUAUUAAAAAAUGUAGUCCGACAUCAAUGUCAUUGUUGAUAAUUUCAGGUAUCCAUAAAGCAUACACUCAGAUGUUAACUUCAUCUAUACUGAAAUUUUGUGGAUUAUGAUGAUCAGGUUAUGAUUCAA